AUGAUUUCAAUUUAUUAAUAAGUUCCUUUAAAAGUAGAGGCAUUUACUCACAGCUAGAUUUGUGUUCGGAUUUCGUGCUGGAUUGCAUUUUUCUUAUGCCUGUAGCUUUUCGGAAUUGGGGAUAGAAAGAAGUUCAUUUCUAAGCCAUUUUAUCAUUAAGAAUGCGAAGAAAGUGAUUACUAGAAUUCGACUAAGAUGAGUUGUUCUUCAAUUGGGAUGUUCCAGCCCGAGAUGAAGGAUGUUAAAUUGGAGAUCAACGUUUCAAUCUCGAAUGUAACAACAACAAAUAUCCAUUAGGAAGAUUUAUACAAAUUGAAUAAAAGCAAGCUUUCCUCUGAAUUCUAAAUCAGUAGCAUAGGUGUUCAAUUAACCUUGUAUAGCAAUCAAUCACUUGAUAAUUCCACGUAUAAAUGAUAUCGUAAUAGUAAAGUGAGAUGAAGAAUUACUAGAAAUAUGAAACAACGAUGAUAGAUGAACAAAUAGAGACGAAGUUGAAUUGCUAGAAAUGGUUCGAUCAUUUCAAUUGCAUCGGAGACUUAAGGGAAAUAAAUACAAACCAAAACACUCUUUUCCUAUCACAUAUAUCCAUCAUUAAACCACCAGAAUACUCAACCUUGAAGUUGUAAUAUUUGCAAUCAACAUUUGAAAGUACUCAAUUCUAUCGCAUACUGCUCUCAUGUUAAGUAACUACUAUUCACAUUCUUUAAAUUAGUUCCUUUUCACUGUGAUCAUCAUUUAUGCAAUGUGUUAUUUGUACAUCAACAUCGAUGGUUACCAAAGAAUACAAUGGCCUGAUAUAUUAAAAUGGAUACCCUUUUUGUUGGUUCUGAUGGUAUUUUAUAACAUGCCAGUCUAACUCUUUAGAUAUUCUCAUUUGUAUUUUGUGCAAGGCUAUACAAAUAUGGUCUAAUUGUUUGUACACACUAGUUUGUUUUACUUCUGGUUGAUCAUUUUUGAGUUCUAGAAAUUUCAAAAUAUGACAAUGGAAGAUAUCAUUAAUAAGAGGAAAUUGCUGUAAGUUAAACAUGCAUUUUAGAUUAUUAUUGUUCUCUUGUACACUAUGCCAUAAGCAUUCAUGAAUCUUUAUCUCUUCUAUCAGAAAUAGAACAACUCCUAAUUUGACAUCAAGAAGGACAUUCUAUUCUAUGAAAUCUAUGAUAGAUACAUAUUGACAGUCUUAACCAUAUAUUCACUAUGUUAUUUUUACUUGCUUUACAAAUAAUUCAAUUACACACAACCAAAUGUGAAUAACGAGGCAGUCAAAAUUUAGGAGAUCCAAUACGAGAUUUUCCCUGAGCAAGAUUAAUCCAAAUUUGCAAAAGUGUAAAUCAGGAAGUACAAGCUCUUGCACAUACUUUCCACACUAUGUUUCAUAGUCUUACUCUACAACCAAUAUAUAAGAAUACUGAGACCCAAACAGAUUACAGUCCUAAGCACUGUCAACGAAUGGAGCUUAAUCAACAUUUAUAUAUGUCUGAUCAUCCAGUUUUACAUACCGUCUAAGAGGGAAUCCUACGAUCUGCCGAAUGAAGUGGCUGACAAUAAGAUUCAAUAGGCGGAAUAAGAAGAAGCAAUAUGA